GAAUGGAAAGAUGCUGUUUACUGUUUAGCUCGUUUUUUCUACACUCAAAAGUUGUGUUGUUUCUUGAUUCCUGCAUUUCGUGUUCAUUUAGAAGAUGUUAAUGUAGAAACGCUGGGUUUUUAUGAGAUUAUUGAAAUAUUUUCACGCACGUCAUGGCCAAUUCUCAAUAUGAUCUCGACCUGUCAGGUGGAUUAAUGCCUCAAAUACAAGCUUUGCUUGCACCACCUUUAUUGGAAGACAUUUCAAAAGAAAAGCGGAAAGAUGGUUUGGCAUUACAUCCCUACUACAGAAGGCCAGGAAGGGGUCAUAACCGGGAUAGUUGUGAUGCCUGUAAAGAAGGUGGUGAACUCAUUUGCUGUGACUCUUGCCCAGCUUCCUUUCACCUUCAAUGCCAUGACCCUCCAUUGGAGGAGGCUGAUUUACCCAGAGGUCUCUGGAACUGUCACAGUUGUCGAGUUAAAAAGACUCAAGAAGCUGCAUACACUCUUACCCAUUCUAUAGAGGUAGAUGAUGGAGCAGACUCUGAUUCCAGCAAAAAUGGGAAAAGAUUAAACAAUUCAACAUCAAGUUCAACAAUUCAGCUGUUAUCUAGUGGACAGGGAGUACCUGAGAAGAUUGCAGGUCGUCGUCGAACAAACAAUUCCGAUGAUGUGGAUGUAGAGACUCCUGGUGUAGGCUCAGAAAAGUCGAGUGACAGGGAGGAGAUCUUUGAAAGUGCGGGAAAAGUGUCGUUUUUUGCCCCACUCAUCAAAGUAGCAGCAUCCAUGAAUCCACAACAAUUCGAACUUCCACCUGAACUUGUAGAGCCUAUCCCGUUCCCAGGUUCCAGCAAAUCAUGCGCUUCUAAAAAGACAGGACCUGGGCUUAAAAAGAAGUCACAUGAGCUUGAUAACGGACUUGUGCCGUUACCUUUGCGAGCGUGCUUCUAUUGCAGCAAGAGUUGCCGCAAAGCGCCAAUGGUCGCCUGUGACUUUUGCCCCCUGGUUUUCCAUUUAGAUUGUCUGGAUCCUCCGCUUGUUUGCAUGCCAGUUGGCAAGUGGAUGUGCCCAAAUCAUCCUCAAAAUAUUGAAUAUAAGUUGUUGCCAGAUUCUCGGCUUACUGAACGCGUCAAAUUUUGGUCGUUUUUGCAGAGACCUAUUGAUCAUGAAACCGUUAAAAUAUAUUUUUUGCGUAAAGUAAACCGAAAACAUCCACCCUUUCGUCGGAAGGUCCCUCUGCCAGGCCGGCCUCGUAUGAGAGUGCCAUUGAUAAUCAAGAAUCAGUACAAGCAUCCUCCUCUGCUUCCCGCUCGUCUGAGCGGGACGCAACCAUUCCACUGGUCGCCCGUUCUUCCUGAAACACGAAGGAGUUUGAAGCCUUUCGGAAGGAAUGAAUCAAGCGACGAGGAUGAUAAAAAUGAAGAACAAACCCAGCCUCAAGAAGAGGCUCAUCAAAUAGCAGCAGAGUGUAAGAAAAUGCUUUCGAACGAAGGCGAAGCUGCGGAAGAAUCUGAUACUGUGUUACCUGAACGAAGAAAGGAAGAAUCGGUUGAAGGGUCGAGUUCUUCUGCGUGCAGUGGAUUGUUUGCUGAAGAAUUCAGACAAAUUGAGGAAGAUGUGAAAAAUUAUCUGGGCACCCUGAGACGGGGAAUGAAAGAGAGUCAUUUGAAGGUCUUUAUGGAGCAGCUGUCAAAUGACUUAUUGAAAGCCAUGGAUCAUGAAACGUUGAAAACUCUUGCCAUGCAAAGAGUGCAGCAGCUAAUCCUCAACCCAGAGUCUCGGUCACUGACGGUGUUUCCUCUUCCUGGGAUGUUGUCUUCUGUUUGCAACUCACAGACUACAACCAUUCCACAGCCUUGGCUUCAUUCGAGUAGUGCUUCCGACAGUGACAGUAGCCAAGCACAAGCGAAUGUCUUUCCAACUCAGCCGAGAGCGUUCCUCUGCCCCCUCAGUUCAGCAUACCCGCCAGCUCCCAUCUACUAUCGCCGCCUUACUAUCGGCACUGGUGCCGACAUGGAUUUAAGCUUGUCUUCCUAUGGUACGUGCAAAUAUGUUUCCGGGCAUCACGCUACCGUGUUUUAUGAUGAGAUGUCGAGACAUUUCGAGCUACUUAAUUACAGCGAACACGGGACGGUUGUUGAUAACGUCGUGUAUUGCUGCGAUCUGGAUAUCGAUGUAACCGCUAAAUUGGAGGCGGACAGUGCCAAAGACAGGGAGAGGAAUCAAUCAUUCCAAGGCUUAGAUGACAUAACGAGACGUAGUUGUGAUAAAAUGACCACUUCACUCACGGACCCAAAUGAUGCUUCUCAUUGCGGUUGCCGUAUCGAUGUCAGCUCUCUUAGCUCAGCAGGCAAAAAUGGAGGAUGGGAAGGGACUGGCCUACUCACGCAUGGCUCUCACAUCAAAUUUGGGUGCAUGCAAUUCAUUUUGUGCAUAAGCAACACCAACGAGAAACCUCGUUUUAUUCACCAUUAAAAAUUCUAUUGUUUGCCUCAUUAUGUCUCGCAGUUAUUUUGUUUGUUUUUCAUCUUCGUUCAAAUAAAAUGUGUCAAGCCGUGAAA